GUUAUUGUUAAAUAUUGUAAUAUUUUUAUGUCUUAAUCUUAUUUUUUCCAUAACAAAAAGUACUUUUUAAUAGUAUUUAUUUUAUACUGCUUAUAAUUAACUGCUUCAAGCAAAAAAUAAACUAUUUACCGAUAAAAACAUGGAAGUGAGUUACGAAAAUGAAGUACUGAUGUGUUAAUAGUUGGAGUCUAGGACAUAAAGAGCUGAUAUUAGACAGGAUAAGUAAAACUAAUUAUUUGGUUUUUCAUUGCAUUAAUAAAAAAAAAAACAAAGCACAUUACUAUAAAAUCAACAAUUUCUUCAUCUCGUUCAAAAUCAUGAAUUGGCCAACUUAUUUUAUUAAGAUAUGACAAUGAUUACCAGUCUAAAUCUAAAGGAAGUAUUUUGACUAGAAAGAACAACACUAUGCCAGUAUGGGGCAAUGAACGUACAAUGAAUUUAAAUACCCUAAUUUUAACUAAUAUUCAAUCAUCUCAUUAUUUUAAAGUAAAUUUAUAUGAAUUGAAAACGUACCAUGAAGUUAUUGAUGAAAUUUAUUAUAAAGUACAACAUCUUGAGCCAUGGGAAAAGGGUAGUCGUAAGACCUCUGGACAGACUGGAAUGUGUGGCGGUGUCAGAGGAGUUGGUGCCGGUGGGAUAGUAUCUACAGCGUUCUGUCUUCUGUAUAAACUGUUCACAUUGAAAUUGACUCGCAAGCAGGUAACUGGGCUAAUUACCCAUUGCGAUUCACCUUAUAUACGUGCUUUGGGUUUUAUGUACAUCAGGUAUACUCAGCCCCCUGGUGAUUUAUGGGAUUGGUAUGAAUCUUUCUUAGACGACGAAGAGGAAAUGGACGUAAGAGCUGGAGGUGGUCAAACAAUGACAAUUGGCAAUAUUUUAAAGAGCUUUUUGUUCAAAUUAGAAUGGUAUUCAACACUGUUCCCUAGAAUCCCUGUUCCCAUUCAGCAACAAAUGGAAAAAAAAAUGAGUGAAAAGUAUCCUCCAGUAGUUGAAGAAACACCUAGAAGAAUUAAUAUACCUGAAAGGAAUUUCAGUAGGGAUCGAGACGACCAUAGAAAUAGAGGAGACUUAUCUGACACUGCAAGGCCUCGAGAAAGAAAUGAACGUAGAGAAAGAUCGCAUAGGGAUUAUCGCGAUAGAGAUUAUGAACGCAAGUCUAGUAAUGCAAACUCUCGAGAAAGAUCACCUUAUGUAAGUCGAAGAGAUGAAUAUAAGAAAAGUUCUUCUAGAAGUCCAAAAUACGGCAGCAGUAAAAGAAGAGAUCGAGAUGAUUACAAGUCAAGAUCAAAAUACUGAUGAGGGAUUCAAAGUGUAAAAUGGAUAAAUUUUUUAAAUUUUUUCACUCCAUUAACAAAUUAAGAAAAUGACAUUCUUAGUUUUAAGUUGUACAUACAUACAUUAAUAAAUUACUCAAUUUCUGUGUUUUAA